GUGGUCGGAGAGUCGAGCCCUACAAGUGGCAAAAUCUGACUGACUCUAAGGGACGGAGUGAUAAAAAGGAUAUAAGAUACAAAACCAAUGACCUCGACAAACGAAUAAACGCGACCCGAUUUCGUAAAUAACAGUGAUGGAUAGAGUACAGCCAGCUAGUUAACGUUACCCAGCUAGCGAACGAUGCGAAGUCGAAUUCGAAAUGUAGCCAGCCAGUUAGCUAGCAAGCUACCCGGCUAGUUUGCUAGUAGGAGAACAUCUUCUCAGCUUCCUUGUCUUCAGCACCCAUCACUUUUCUCCUCGUUCUAUUCUUUUCAUUCCGCCUCAUCUGGAGCAGCCGUAGUGGUUUGAGGCUUUGAUGGAGCGCCCGGUGGAGUAACACUCGCCGGCUACACUGGCCGAAGCAACCCUUCGUGCAUUUGUGGCUGUGGUCACAUCAUCGAUGAAGACAGUUGAGCCCAUUUCACUGACAGCCAUACAAGCCCAAGCCAUAACAGCCCCUCCGCCAUGUUUUACGGAUGAGGCAGUGGCUGUAAGAAAUGGCUGAAGUCUCUACAGUCACUCCCUCUCCCCCAGGUCUGGGUGAUGCCCACAUAAAUACAUCCUUAGCAAAUUCUUCGGAUCUUCAGCCACCUCCAGACACCUCAGACUACCCAAAACAUCCUUCUGUCCUAAAGUCUGGCCUGUAUAAUGACCCCACAUUGCUGGCACCCCCUGUAAGUGAAACUGAACUUCAGUCCAAUGGGAAAGGAUCUUCAUCUGUACUACCUAAUUCUACCCCUCAGGAAUCAGCAUUGGAAGGUGCAGUCACCUCACCUGCUGAAUGCUCUGAAGAGCAGAAAGAAUGGCCUAUGGGAGAAGAAAUGGCUACAGGAGUUGUGUCACCCACAGUCCUGGGACAGGAAGCACAAUGCACACAGGAGGGACCAUUAGUAAUGGCCUUCUGUCAACCUGACUCUGUUGCGGAUAGGCAGGGGCUGAGCGAACAGAACUGCCCUUUUCCCAGUGUUAAUCCUCACCCUAAUCUUUACCCAGAUGUUGUAGAGAACCAGAACUCUUGUCCUAUUGGUGAACCCCAGCCCCUGUGCCCUCCGGCAGCAUCAGCAGAUCUUCUGCUCCCCUCAGACAACACCUUAAAUGCAACUGCUACCCCAGCAAUUGUACACAAUUCCCCAGAAACACAAGAUGGCGAUAACCUGAAGCAAAUCCCUGAUUGUCAAACCAAAUCUUCACCAAAGCAGGACCUCCCAAGCAGCCCCAAAAUUGUAGAACCCUCAGUAACCCCCAAGAUACAGCAUUUCCCCCCAGUUCCAAGCAUCCAUGAGUCUCCUGCAACCCUGUCCUUGCCCAACACGCAUCAGAGGCCAGCACCGGACACCCUGAGCUACCUUGAGUCAGCCAGCCUAAUGUCAGGAACACUGGAAUCCCUGUCAGGGCUUGGGGAGGAUUGCAGUUCCCUGGGCUCAGACUCUGAAGUCAGCGGACUUGUGUUCAGGCGGACUGACAAGUAUGGCUUCCUCGGGGGAUCGCAGUACAGUGAGGGCAGUGAAAGAAGUGAUAUCCAAGUGGAUGUUGCAAGACAAAGAGAGAUGAAGUGGCUAGAGAUGUUCAACAACUGGGAUAAAUGGGUCUCGCGUCGCUUCCAGAAGGUGAAGUUGCGUUGCAGGAAGGGCAUCCCCUCCUCUCUUAGGGCCAAGGCCUGGCAGCUGCUGUCCAACAGCGAGGAGCUCCUGGAUGCCAACCCUGGCAAGUUCGAGGAGCUGGACAGGGAGCAGGGAGACCACAAGUGGCUGGACAUCAUUGAGAAGGACCUGCACAGACAGUUUCCCUUCCACGAGAUGUUCGCUGCUCGUGGGGGCCACGGUCAGCAGGACCUGUAUCGUAUACUGAAGGCCUACACGGUGUACAGACCGGAGGAGGGCUACUGUCAGGCCCAGGCCCCCGUGGCUGCGGUGCUACUGAUGCACAUGCCGGCGGAGCAAGCCUUCUGGUGUCUGGUGCAGAUCUGUGAGAAAUACCUGCCUGGAUACUACAGCGCCGGUCUGGAAGCCAUCCAGCUGGACGGUGAGAUCUUCUUCUCCAUUCUGCGCCGCGUCUGCCCCAUGGCCUACCGCCACCUGAAGAAGUUCAAGAUCGACCCCAUCCUGUACAUGACGGAGUGGUUCAUGUGCAUCUUCUCCCGGAGCCUGCCCUGGGGCUGUGUGCUGCGUGUCUGGGACAUGUUCUUCUGCGAAGGGGUGAAGGUGGUGUUCCGGGUGGGGCUGGUGCUGCUGAAGCAGAUGCUGGGGUCUGUGGAGAAGCUGCGUGAGCUGCAGGGGAUGUAUGAAACCAUGGAGCGACUCCGGAACAUUCCCCUGGACAACCUGCGGGAGGAAUUGCUCGUGCAGGAGGUGAUCUCUCUGGGCGUGACGGAGGCCCUUAUUGAGCGAGAGAGCAGUGUCCAGGUGCAGAAGUGGAGGCAGUCCAGGGGGGAGCUGACCCACCAGCCUGGCCGCAGGAUGCAUGGCACUCGUGCCCUCAACGAGCUGAAGCUCUGCUCCUCCUCCGUCUCCAGGCAGGGCAGCUUCUCUUUCCUGGGGGGCCCCGCCCCGUCGCCGGGGCCCCUGAGGGCCUCCUCCAGCCUCCUCUCUCUCCCAGGUUUCCGCAGGUCCAAAACGGCCAGCUUCCGAUCGCAGUACAAACCGGGCUCUUUCUCUGGGGGCUCCGCGUCAGAACGGGCGGCGACUCAGGUGCCGCAGGGGCCCAGCUCCGCCGCGGCCCCCAGCUACAAGCCCCACUCCGCCACGGGCCCCGCCGACGGGCCCUCACAGAGGCCGGCCUCUCCUCCACAGGGCGAGGAUGCUGCCUCAGCGCACGCUCAGCCCGCCCCGCAAAACCCAACUCCGUCCUGCACCCACUCCCCCUCCCCCAGCGCCGCGCCUGAACAGCGCACGACCGGCAAGCCCCCGGCCAGAGCGGGCCCAGGCAGGGAGCCGGGAGCGGCCCGGGGGGGGGAGGAAGAGGGCAAGAAACAGAAGAGGAGCAAGGACGAGAAGAAGAGAGAGAAGGAGGAGGAGAAGGCCAGAGCUCGGGAACAAAAGGAGAGGGAGAAGGCGGAACGGGAAAGGCAGAAGAAGGAGAAGAAAAAGGAGAAAGGAGGAAAGAAGGGCCGCGACGGGGCUGAGGCGGAAAAGAAGAGCGGAGCCAAGCCUCCCAGAGAGGCUAAAGACCAAGCGCCGGGACAGAGCUCAUCUCACUGACACAGAAUAAGAAGGGCGAAGCAUGAAAGGGAUACUGAUAUUGCUCAUACUCCCCAUGAAGGUUAGCAUUCAUAUUGAGUUCACAUACAGGCUAACAUUGGUAACAUUUUAAUUUUUUAACGUUGCAGCCAGUAUCCUAUAUUUUUAGAAUGUUAUUACUCCGUAUUCAGAUGGGUGAAACAAUGUGUAGUCCUGUUUAGCUCUGAAAAUGACUGACUGAUUUAUUUGGUUUAGCAGAUGCUUUUAGCAGUUUGAAGGGCAGGUACAGUGCAAGAGGUGACGUAUUACACUAAAAGCGUAAAAAGUACACCCAAUUAUUGCAAAUAUUUGGUGACUGAAUACCCUCUAACCCUUAUUUCUAGUGUGCCCAUAACUAGAUCUAACUGGAAUACCAUGGCAAUUUCAUGGAAAAUGAUUGAAAACAAAUGCAUAACCUGAAAUAGCCAUGGUGAUUAUAGUAUUGGUUUGUGUUGAAACAUAUUUAUUAUAUAUUAUGUAUGCGUGUUUAUCAUGUUGUUAGAUUGGAUCGCACUGUUCUCCACUCAUUUUCAGCAUAUUUAUAAAAACAGGCCUGUUUUCUAGCAUUUCCAACUAUGUGUGUGUGCGCGUGUGUGUUUUAGUGUGCGUGUGCUUAGUUUAGAAAGCUAAAUGACUGUGAGAUAGGGUAUCAAGAGUAUCCUGUACUUGCUUAUGAAGUUUAGCAUUGUGUGUUAUGAUCAAUAUUAUACGCUUUUCUUUUUCUUUAGUAACAGUUCAAAGUCUGCUGUUAAUAGUCACGUUUGUGCGUGUAUUGUACAUUAAAUGCCCAGGGAAGUGAAAUGGUCCCUGGGCUAAAUAUGCAUUAUCAUGUCUUUCAGAACAAACCGUUUCAUAACUUAUGUCUAGCAGUAGUAAAUUAAUAAGCCAGUCUCGGUAACCAAGAUGUCAUAACUCCCUGGUUGUUACGUGCAGAGCAGCUAAAAUUAACUUUAUGGUUAUAUGUCUGAUAAUUAAUAUGAAGCAAACAGGGCAAGGAACACAAUGGCACCUUAUCAAGCUAUGACGGAUUUGUUUUGUUAUUUAAGUAUUUUAAUGUUUUUAUGGGUUUUUAGCAGUGCCAUUGAUUUUUGACCUCUGAAAUGGAUUGUUCUGCUGUUUUUCAGCCCUUGAGAAGGCCUACGAUGACUCUGCAGUUUCACCCUGGCUCUUGCAGAUCAAAUGUAUAAUAUAAUGUUUCCUAUUUAUUCAUACAUACCUGGUUUACUGGAGUAAUAUAAUAUACAUUUUUUAUGGUUUCCCCCUUUUUUCCAUAGUUUGUAAUGCCUUUGCAUGGCUAUGCACAUUGGCGACCCCUGCUGUUGAUUUGUAAAAGCGCAGGCGAGCGUGUGCCCUCUCCUAAAGCAUGUGAUAUCAGCUGCUGCGUCUCAUUCUGCGGUUCACUCUUGCAUGUCCUGAUCCACUGAAGCCCAUCCUCACUAGAGCCAGCACAAUGGGCUCUUUUGUCUCCCUGCAUGACUGUCGGCUCUGGUAUGGUUUAGAUUCGACACCAAACCAUGGAGUCCAUUCAUGCACACGUACAGUGUCUGGGCAAGAAGUGAGUCACCCAGCAGUCCUGUAUGUAGGAGUGCACAGUUGGAAUGAUUUAGCCCAACAGUUCAGCAGGUUUCAGAAUGCAGGGUUCUCCCCCGAGUCUUUCAAGAGUGGUGCUUGGACCGGACAUAAUUUAGGCCAGUGAUCAAAGUGAAAGUCAAAGACGAAUUUCUAACACUGGGCUUUGGAUAACCAGUAGGGGUGUAAGGUACACAAAGCUCGGUACGUACCUCUGUUUUGACUUCAAGGUUCGGUACAUUUUUUGUACAGCAGAAAUUAGGUACAUUAACACAAAAUCAUCAAGGGGAUUUUAAUUGAAGUUCUGCGAUGUGUUAAAUAAAGACUGUAAUAGUUCAGUAAUUGUUGCAGCAGUACCACUACUCUGAAAGUCUAGUACAGAUUGGGAUACAGGACAUUUUUCCAGCCUUGACAAAGAGGUUAUACUUUUCUGGUUAGACGCACAUUGCUGCUUCUGUGCACAUUGCAGCUUCUCCCCUGAUUUUGUGUAGGUAGAGCAGCAAAAUGAUACAGGUGACAUGGGCUACUAUUUUCAUUACACGGUCAAGCAAGUAAGGGCACUGAGGCAGAGCACCUCCACUGUCAUUUCUGUGUACAACCACAAGGGGCAGCAUCUGUCUUAGUAUAUAGCUAAGGUAUUCUCAAGCUGAUCCAGCAGGAGGUGGCCAUUUGAGGCAGUGAUGUCACACUGUGGUGCAGUUGAAGCUGGCAUUCAGGGGUAACCUGUGCCAAGUGCUAUUAAAAUACAAAUAAGUGAUGGGCUGCUGAGUGUUCAUUCAGGUCCGGCGCCACGUUGCGGUACAUGGAUGAGCCCCAUAGUUUCAGAUCCAAUUCAAGCCGUUCCAGUGCCAGCUGUGGUCGGUAGCUCCAAAGGGUGAUGUGCAAUUGGUGAUUGCGACACCCAGGCUAUGGCAGGGUUUGGUCGGUCAGCGGUCUGCGUUCAUUGCUAUCCCUGCUGCAAAGGCCAUAUACAGUGAAGUAUUUGGACAGUGGUACAAUUUCUGUCCUUUUGGCUCUGUACUCGUACUACGUUGGAUUUGAGGUCUGGACUGGAGGUUUGGAGGUCUGGAGGUUUGGACUGUCACCUUUAAUUUGAAUAUGAAUAUGAACUUUUAAUAUCCGUGUAGAAUAUUAACUUUAAUAUACAUUUUUUUUCAUUUGAAAUGCAAAAAGUGCUGGGGAACAGAGCGAAAAUAUCUCGGAUUGUACCACUGUCCAAAUACCAUACAAGUAUGAAAUGUCUUCUUCCGACUCGACCCUUCGCUGUUUGAGCUUAGCUGGGGGCCGGUGACCCCAUGUUUCAGAGGAGAAACUCAGAUGUCUACACUCCUAACUCCGCAGUGGAGAAUGUGCGUGGAAACAGGCUGCGGUUGCAAAUAGGCACAUUUGAGUGGGAAUUUGACAUUGUUGUUGGCAACAAAUGUUUAUUACAAAUAAAUACAUGCAAGUAAGUCGCAUUUGAACAAUGGCCUCUUUUGGUUUUCAGAAUAAUAUGAACAGGAACAAAAUUGUGGUAUUUAUUUGCACUGUUGAAAAUGAGUGCAUUUUAUGGUCUGGGUGGUAAAGAUUGAGAAUUUUACUUACGGAUAUAAUCCUGAAGGAAAUGCAUGAUGACAGUAUUCAAUUAAAAUGAUGCAUAUUGCACCCUGGAUGGAUGUUACACCUGGGUUGUGACUGCUUUGGUGUACUCCAAAAUGUUAUGCCAAAACCACAUGAUUCAGUUAGUAUGGGUGGAGAGUGGAGAAAAACAAAGUGCAUAAUCGGAAAAAACUUUCGCUUUUCCAAGCAAAUUGAUGUUGUAAUUUCGUGGUUUCAUUGCUUCAGCUCAAAACAAAUAUCUUGUUCUGUUACUCUAAUCCUUAGGAAUGCACUGAACCCCACAAAUUCAUACUGUAGUAACUAAGGAAUUGGUUACUUCUGACCAACUUUACUCAUUUCUAAGUGUUUGUACUGUAUUAGACGCCAUUCGAUCACAAUAUGCAUUUGAGUAGUAGUGUUAGUAUGUUACUGUAAUGCCAGAAAUAAUACCAUUCUGUACUGUUUGUGUAGUUCAAACUACGGGAAAUAUGGAAAUUGUGUGUCAAGCAACCUUGGAAUUGUUGUUCACUGUUUUCAAGUUCAGACCAGUAAAGUUGCUCUUGUGUGUUCAUUCAUUGGUGCUCUGCCCAUCCACAGCUCUGGUGGCCAUGCUCAACUAACUGCAUGGCGCGCUUUGUAGCAGUAGAAACUCAGUGAAUUGUGCACUGCAUACAAUUCUCGCUGCUGCUGUAGGUUACGUGUAGUCUUGUAAGUCCGAUGUUUGUAAACCAUGUCAUUGGCCAUCUGUAACUGCUUACAGCACCCUUCUUAUUAGCCUAGCCGCACAAAUCACAACCCUAAUCCUGGAUGUCUGCUCAUAACCUGAGUCAAAUUCACUUCAGAACAAAGUCUGAUUUCUUGUCUUAAUACUGUACUUGAAACUGUAUAGCCCAGUGAAGACAAAUAAUCAAGGGUGGCACAUUGCUGACAGACUAGAUGGGAUGUAAAAAUGCAACUUUUCAAGCAAUAAUAACAGUGGCUGACGUAUUAUCUGAAUUAAGAAGGCAGUAUAGCCAGUUGGAAAGAUUGUGGAGGAAUCGCGUACAGAUCAACCAGUUCCACCCUGUUCCCAUGAACCAUAAUUACACAAUCCACAAACCCAAACUGAUAAUGACUAUGCAAGCCGUCCCCAGAUGUAAUAUUUGUCCCCCUUGCAUGUGAUUACCAGCAGAAAGACGGUUUACUGCCAGAGACCUCUGCACCCCUCUGCUUUGGGCGAGUCCAGAAACUCAGGGCUCUAUUUUUCGGAAUCAACACUGCAUGGGCACAGUCGAUGGGGCAGCACACGGGUGCACUGGGCCUGACCAAUGAGCGUUGGUAUUUUCAGUUGGUAUUGGCCAGAGGCUACGAGUGCUCUGUUCAAAGCACACAGCGCAGGUAGGAAAACUGGCUGGAUUAUGCUGCAAAUAUUAACAGUGAAAGCGUUUAUAUUUCCAAAUUCAUGGAUAAGCAAUCAGUGAACCUCUUUCCAAAGCCGUGCUUUGUGCAGGGUGUACUGCCAAUUUCCAGGGGUGGAAAGUUCUUGCGCAAUUGUACUUUGUUACUAUUCUUAAGUACUAUUUGGGGGCAUAUGUGCUUUAUAUGAGUGUUUCUAAGUUUCUAUACUUGUACUUUCACUCAAUUACUUAAAAAAAUAAAAAAAUAAAAAUUUAGCCACUUUUUUUAAAUCCUGGCCAAAAUUCCUCAAUCCCUGUUUGUAGUCCUGACUUUGAACAUUUUAGCAAAUUGUCUGCGGCAUUACAUUCCAGUCUGAUUCGAACAAUUAUCGGGAAUUGUUUUCCAUGGUAAAAAGGAAAAAUUCAUAAACCUAUGUUUAACUGAUGUAAUCUAAAAUAACAUUGAUCUCAUCUCAAUGCUAAAUAAAUGUGCCCUCUGUCUCUUCAUUUCAUCCCUAGCAAAAAGUUUACUUUUUACCUUUAAAUACUUAAGUACAUUUAAAAGUAGAUACUUUUUUACUUUAUUUUUGAGUACUUAAGUACAAUUUCUGGGUACUUUUCCCACCUCUGGCAAUUUCCGCAGUCUGCAAGUGGCUGAACUGACCUCAGUGGGAUUGAAUUGGUUGUGGUUUCAUCAUGUUUCAUAUACCUGGUCUGACCACCAGGUCGCAUGGCUGCAAUUCACAGACUAGACUGGGACAAAAAUUACAAUGAGCUGCACUAAAAUUGCGAUGUGCUCGAUCUUGACCGACACACACCCAGCAGUGGCUCUCCUCGCAUAUUGGCGCACGGUGAAUUGCAAAAUUACCGAACGACUCGGGCACGUCAAAAUCCAUGAUGAAAAUACCACUCGCCAUACGCCGGCCUGAAAAUAGAGCCCUCAGUCUUUAGUGCUUUCAGCGCAUGCACUGCGCCUGGAGGACCUUGCUUGUACGGUUUAGUGUAACGGUGCAGUCUGAGAGCUUUGCUCUUUGAGUGAGGGGCCAGCAGAAGCAGCUGAGGCCUGUAGGUGAGUUGGGGUGCUGGAUGUCCUGUGCGUUCCUGUGGCUGAGGACAGGAGCAGACAAAAUGGGGGCAGCACAGACAUUAGCUCCUUGUGCUCCGUUUGUCCCGUCUUCCUUUCGCACUCAAUUUAAAAUGUCUUAUUUUUCUUUAGAUGACUUUUCAAGAACUGGAAGAUUUGUUUUGUUGUUGGUGGGUGUAUUAAUUGUUUUAAUGUUUACAAGAAGCUGUGAUUUGUUUUGUUCCACAACUUAAAAAAUAAAUGUCAUUCCUAAAAAUGAGUGCAUAAGAAAGCUUAAGGUGGCGUAUUUAAUUGUCGAUUUUGAAGUACCAUGACAAUAGAAACUAAUAAUAAAUCAUAUAUUCAGUUUUAAA